AUGAAAAAUGAUGUGAUAACAAUACCUUUGGAUGUUUUACCUCCUGAAGGUACGAAAUUCAUUGAUAACAUUUUUCAAGAACUACACGAUAAAACAAAGUUAAAAACCAUGCCUGUCAUCACCAUUUUGCCAAGGGAGUACAAACAGUCCAAUACCAAAGUGGACCGAGCGAGCCAACCACCACCUAGGCCAAAUCAGGAGCUCACAUCAGACAAUAAUUCUAUGUUUGGUGCAUGUUGUUUCACUGAAGACGGUCAGAGUCAUAGAACUUGUGAUAAAAUAUUGGAAAUAGAAAAGGCUGCCGAUGGUGUCAAAGACAGUGCUGCAUUAAACGACAUGAAGGAGAGAAUGAUAAAAUUAGCAACUAUACCUGAUUUGCCCCGAAAACAAGAUACAGUUCCCAAAACAUUUGCUGAAAAUAAUCAGGAAGUAACAACAACUGAAAUGACAGAAGCAAAGUGUCAUGAAAUAGUUGAAGAUACGAAAACAGUGGAAUCAGAAAGAGAAGUUUCAGUUGAGGAGAAAAUACAAGACACAAUAGCAGUGGAAUCAGAAACAGAAGUUGCAAUUGAGGAGAAAAUACCAGACACGAUAGCAGUGGAAUUAGAAAGAGAAGUUGCAAUUGAGGAGAAAAUACCAGACACGAUAGCAGUGGAAUUAGAAAGAGAAGUUGAAACUGAGGAGAAAAUACAAGACACGAUAGCAGUGGAAUCAGAAAGAGAAGUUGAAAAUGAGGAGAAAAUACAAGACACGAUAGCAGUGGAAUCAGAAACAGAAGUUGCAAUUGAUGAGAAAAUACCAGACACGAUAGCAGUGGAAUUAGAAAGAGAAGUUUCAGUUGAGGAGAAAAUACUAGACACGAUAGCAGUGGAAUUAGAAAGAGAAGUUUCAGUUGAGGAGAAAAUACAAGACACGAUAGCAGUGGAAUCAGAAAGAGAAGCGGCAGUUGAGGAGAAAAUACAAGACACAAUAGCAGUGGAACCAGAAACAGAAAUUGCAAUUGAUGAGAAAAUACCAGACACGAUAGCAGUGGAAUUAGAAAGAGAAGUUUCAGUUGAGAAAAUACAAGACACGAUAGCAGUGGAAUCAGAAAGAAAAGUUGCAGUUGAGGAGAAAAUACAAGACACGAUAGCAGUGGAAUCAGAAACAGAAGUUGCAAUUGAUGAGAAAAUACCAGACACGAUAGCAGUGGAAUUAGAAAGAGAAGUUUCAGUUGAGGAGAAAAUACCAGACACGAUAGCAGUGGAAUUAGAAAGAGAAGUUUCAGUUGAGGAGAAAAUACAAGACACGAUAGCAGUGGAAUCAGAAAGAGAAGUUUCAGUUGAGGAGAAAAUACAAGACACGAUAGCAGUGGAAUCAGAAAGAGAAGUGGCAGUUGAGGAGAAAAUACAAGACACGAUAGCAGUGGAAUCAGAAACAGAAGUUGCAAUUGAGGAGAAAAUACCAGACACGAUAGCAGUGGAAUCAAAAAGAGAAGUUUCAGUUGAGGAGAAAAUACAAGACACAAUAGCAGUGGAAUCAGAAAGAGCGGUUGCAACUGAAGAGAAAAUACAAGACACGAUAUCAGUGGAAUCAGAAAGAGAAGUUUCAGUUGAGGAGAAAAUACAAGACACGAUAGCAGUGGAAUCAGAAACAGAAGUUGCAAUUGAUGAGAAAAUACCAGACACGAUAGCAGUGGAAUUAGAAAGAGAAGUUUCAGUUGAGGAGAAAAUACCAGACACGAUAGCAGUGGAAUUAGAAAGAGAAGUUUCAGUUGAGGAGAAAAUACAAGACACGAUAGCAGUGGAAUCAGAAAGAGAAGUUUCAGUUGAGGAGAAAAUACAAGACACGAUAGCAGUGGAAUCAGAAAGAGAAGCGGCAGUUGAGGAGAAAAUACAAGACACAAUAGCAGUGGAACCAGAAAAAGAAGUUGCAAUUGAGGAGAAAAUACCAGACACGAUAGCAGUGGAAUCAAAAAGAGAAGUUUCAGUUGAGGAGAAAAUACAAGACACAAUAGCAGUGGAAUCAGAAAGAGUGGUUGAAACUGAAGAGAAAAUACAAGACACGAUAGCAGUGGAAUCAGAAAGAGAAGUUGAAACUGAGGAGAAAAUAGAAGACACGAAAGAACCAGAAACCCUCGAAGUAGAUAAACAAAUUGUAGAAGCUAAUAUUAUUGGACAACUAGCAAUCAAACCCGAAUCUUCAAAUGAUACUGUCAUGACUUGUGCUGAACUAUGCCAAUCUUGUCUAAGGGAGGACGAAGAAGAGGUCGCAGAUCUGUGGUGUAAUGACUGUAGUGAAGCUGUUUGUCGAGGCUGUGGUAAAGCUCACAGACGAUUUGCAGUUGCUCAUGAUGUUAUAUCGAUUAAAGAUGCUACCGCGUGCAGACAACAUGUACUCAAAAGCUGUUCUCAACACAAAAAUAAAAAGAUUAUUCUAUUUUGCGUAGAACAUGACAAAUUAAUUUGUCAUGAAUGUUUGUCAGAUAGUCAUAAAAGUUGCGAUAAGAUAUUGGAUAUAGAUAAUGCUGCAGACGGAAUCAAAAAGAGUGCUGCCAUUUCUGAUUUAAAAGAAAGAAUGCGGAAUUUUAGCAGUAUUCUUGAAAAGACACAAACUGAAAAUGGGCAGACAAUAUCUAAAAUCAGCAAAGAAAAAGAGAGUGCAUAUGACCAUAUACAAGUAUUUUUCCAGUGCUUUAAAAAGCACUUAUUUGGAAUUCAAAAAAGUCUUAACCAAAAAUACGAAAAAAUAGUUAAAAAAAAUAAAGAAAAUAGUACACAGCUUAAUUACUUAAUACAAAAUCUGCAAGAAAACAUAGAUUGGUUGUGUAUGUUAGAACGUAGUUCCUCUGAAAGAAAUAUAUUCUAUGCAGUAAAACAUCUGGAUGCCAUACAAAUAUCAAAUGAGAAGCAAAUCGCGAAAAUUAAAAAAGACAUGACUACGUGCCCGUUGGAUGUUUUACCCUCUGAAGGUGUAAGAAAUAUAGAUAGACUUUUCGAAGAAUUGAUGGGGAAAUCUAAACGCUAUAGUUUGUCUAAACAAACCACCAGUCUAGCUUCUGACUGCUUAAAGUCACAAAUAAAAAUCGAAAGAGAAAUCCAGCCUCAAAUGGAAAAAUCAUAUAGGCCUCCACCAUAUCAGGACCUCGAAGCAGGCGAUAACACAACAUUUGGAGCAUUGUGCUUCAUUGGAGACGGUCGUAUAAUUGUUGAGGAAUCAAAAGAUUUUCCCCUAGAAAAACGAUAA